GAUGCGCUGUGUCCCUCGGACACAGUGUUCACCGAUCACGGAAGGAGCCGAAGAUGUCCGCUCGGUCAUGUGAUCAGCUGUGUCUAAUCACAGCUGAUCACAUCUGUCACCUGACAGAGGAGAGGAGGGGACAUGUACACUGAUCAGGCACUGAUGAUCAGUGUAGCCCCAGCAGUGCCAGCUGUCAGUGUCCAUCAGUGCCACAUCAAUGCCAUAUAUCAGUGCCUACCAGUGCACAUCAAUGCCACAUAUCAGUGCCCAUCUGAGCUGCCUUUCAGUGUCACCCAUCAGUGCCAGUCAGUGCCACCUAUCAGUGCUGCCAAUCAGUGCCACUUAUUAGUGCCAGUCAGUGCCGCCAAUCAGUGCCCAUCAGUG